AUGGGAGCCCCAAAUGUUUGGCCAAUUGCUUACAUAAUAAAAGGAAUUUAAACAUCAUUAGCUAUUGGAACUACUUAACAUCCAUUGAUAAAUGAUUAUAUCUAAAAUGAUUCUAGAGGAAAAGCUAGCGCAUUUUAAGCGUUUGGCUCUACAACAGGGGAUAUGAUAUUUUAAAGGAACCUCAUUUGCAUUCUUAGAGAGAAUAGAAAUCUUUGCAAACAAGUUAAACGUUAUUAUGCUUACAAACUAUAUGACUUUGUGGACAUCUAGUUUCAUUGGAACACCCUAUGUCAAAGAUUCUUAGCAAGCCUAAGAAAUUGUUUAAAAUUACAGUACUUAUUCCACUCUGACUAAUUUAACCUUUAUAAUUCCAAUGGGUAUGAUAGCUGA